AUGCAGGGCCCCAGCCCCAGCGUGCGCGAGGCGGCCUCCAUGUACGGCACGGCGGUGGCCGUCUUCCUGGUCAUCCUGGUGGCCGCGCUGCAGGGCUCGGCACCCCCCGAGAGCCCCUUCCCCUACCGCAUCCCCCUGGACCCUGAGGGGACCCUGGAGCUGUCGUGGAAUGUCAGCUACGUGCAGGAGACUGUCCACUUCCAGCUCCUCGUGCGGGAGCUCAAGGCCGGCGUCCUGUUUGGGAUGUCGGACCGUGGCGAGUUGGAGAACGCCGACCUGGUCGUGCUCUGGACCGACGGGAACAGUGCCUACUUUGGGGACGCCUGGAGUGACCAGAAGGGGCAGAUCCAUCUGGACGCCCAGCAGGAUUACCAGCUGCUGCGGGCACAGAGGACCCGGGAAGGCCUAUCCCUGCUGUUCAAGAGGCCCUUUGGCACCUGUGACCCCAAGGAUUACCUCAUCGAGGACGGCACCGUCCACUUGGUGUAUGGGAUCCUGGAGGAGCCGUUCCAGUCGCUGGAGGCCAUCAACGUCUCCAGCCUGCAGACGGGGCUGCAGAGGGUGCAGCUGCUGAAACCCAACAUCUCCGUCCCGGCCCUGCCCUCGGACGCGCGCACCAUGGAGAUCCGCGCCCCGGACGUCCUGGUCCCCGGCCAGGAAACCACGUACUGGUGCCACAUCACCGAGCUCCCGGAAGGCUUCUCUCGGCACCACAUCGUCAUGUACGAGCCCAUCGUCACCGAGGGCAAUGAAGCCCUGGUGCACCACAUGGAGGUCUUCCAGUGCGCAGCCGAGUUCGAGAGCUUCCCCCACUUCAGCGGGCCCUGCGACUCCAAGAUGAAGCCGGAGCGGCUCAACUACUGUCGCCACGUGCUGGCUGCCUGGGCCCUGGGCGCCAAGGCCUUUUACUAUCCAGAGGAAGCCGGCCUUGCUUUCGGGGGCCCUGGGUCCUCCAGAUUUCUCCGCCUGGAAGUUCACUACCACAACCCACUGAAGAUAAAAGGCCGGCGCGACUCCUCGGGCGUCCGCCUGUACUACACGGCCACGCUGCGGCGCUUUGACGCGGGCAUCAUGGAGCUGGGCCUGGUGUACACGCCUGUGAUGGCCAUCCCCCCGCAGGAGACGGCCUUCGUCCUCACCGGCUACUGCACGGACAAGUGCACCCAGCUGGCGCUGCCUCCUUCCGGAAUCCACAUCUUCGCCUCUCAACUCCACACGCACCUGACGGGCAGGAAGGUGGUCACUGUGCUGGCCCGGGACGGCCGCGAGAAGGAGGUGGUGAACAGGGACGGCCACUACAGCCCUCACUUCCAGGAGAUCCGCAUGUUGAAGAAGGUCGUGUCCGUCCACCCGGGAGACGUGCUCAUCACUUCCUGCACAUACAACACGGGAGACAGGACGCUGGCCACCGUGGGGGGCUUUGGGAUCCUGGAGGAGAUGUGCGUCAACUACGUGCACUACUACCCCCUGACGCAGCUGGAGCUCUGCAAGAGUGCCGUGGACCCUGGCUUCCUGCAGAAGUAUUUCCACCUUGUGAACAGGUUCAACAGCGAGGAAGUCUGCACCUGCCCUCAAGCCUCUGUCCCUGAGCAGUUUGCCUCUGUGCCCUGGAACUCCUUCAACCGCCAAGUGCUCAAGGCUCUGUACAGCUUUGCCCCCAUCUCCAUGCACUGCAACAAGUCCUCGGCUGUCCGCUUCCAGGGUGAGUGGAAUCUGCAGCCCCUUCCCGAGAUCAUCUCCAAGCUGGAAGAGCCCACCCGCCACUGCCCAGCCAGCCGGGGUCAGAGCCCCGCCGGCCCCUCCACGGUCAGCGUCGGGGGGGGCAAAGGCUGAGCGGGCGUGGUCUCCCCGCUCCCCCCUCCACGCCGUCCCUGUGGGCUCACGCCAGCUCCGCGCACCCCCCUACUCUACGAAGACCCCCAUGGAGCAGCUCUGUGUGCCCAGGAUGAGGGGCUGGACCAAGCCACUGCCUGAGACUAGGGUCCAUUCCAGCAUUCUCCCCCGGGGGAGCCCCUGCAUGGCUGAGAGGGUCCCGUGACAGCUGCCUGUUGACCCGCCGAGGACUGGGUGGACCGAGACCCUUGCGCACCCUUCUGACGCAGCAUAAGGAUAACCCCCCUCGGAGGUCUAGAGUCCGGUGCCCCGAAAGCCCUGCCAUCUCGCUGGGAGGGGCCAGCCUCCCGGGACACGAGCCACGCCUGGCCGCAUCACCCGGGCCGGCCCCGUGUCCCCAGCCCCGGCUGAUGGCGAUCUGUGUGGGCACGUGACGGGUGAGAGCGCUGCUUCAACGUGUCCCCGCAGACUGGCUUACGUGUCGCAGCGGGCGUCUUUCCGGCCGACAGAGACAGGACAAGCCAUUCGGCUGGUUAGAGACUUGCCUGGGGAAACUGCUCCAUCGCAGGGUAAAUAGAUGUUUUCGCCCACCUAAAGGGAAACCCUAACAGCACCUCUCACUGCCACCAAAAGAUGCGACAGCAAAGAUCCAGGCAAGGGUCUGGGCGCCGGCUCCUUGGGAAACAGAAUUGAUAGCCCGGGUCGCUUCUCUCUGCGGUGGGGCAGGCCCAGCUGAUGGAGCAAGCGGGCCCUGGACUCAGACCUGUGUUAGAAGUCCAGCCCCACCUCCCUGACCCUCGGUCUCCUCAUCUGUAAAGCGGGGCCGGUGCCGUGCGGGUUGCUGAGACAAUAAAGCUUGUGCACAGGGCGGCACCCAGCGACGGCUAACACAGGGUGGUGCUGCCUGGCCAGGCACCCUGUCCUGGGCGGGGCAGGACAUGCCUCACGCCUCCUGGGUCAGUCUCACGUUCCUCCCCCUUAGCUGCCUCUGUUGAAGGCCAAGUUCAGCUCUUGGGUGGUUUCUGCCAGGAGUGACAGAUUCAACUCUGUCCAGCCAGCUCAGCAAAACGCUGUACAGCCUCUAGGGGAGAGAGAGGGUGAUGGAUGGGCCUCCGAGUCCCCCGCCCGGCCCCGCCUUACACCCCAACAGCCGUCCGCUAAGCGCUGCCUCUCCUCCUGCCAGCUACUUCAUUACAGACGGGACGAACGGGCCCAGGCACCCUGCACUGCGUCGUAUAAAUCAUGCCUUCCUGCGCCGUAAGUCACAGGCCCUGAUGGCUGCGAAACGCCAGGCCUGACAGAGGCUGCAGGGCGGCCAGCCCUCUGUCAUCUUUAGAGCCCCGGACGACAGCGGGAAGAGAGGCCCCUCCCCUCAGGGCGCAGCCCUCGGGAGGGCAGCUCGAGCUCGCCCGGCCUCUGGACCCGGUCUUCUGGCCCCAGAAGACCCCUCCCCUCUGAUCAUAUGCCCACCUGCCAGCCCAGACGGGGGUCCCAGUCAGCCCAGAGCUGUGGGAGAGGGUUCGAGGUUGACCCCCGGGCCUCUCACCCACCAAGCCCCUCCUGGCCGCCAUUGCCUUGUUCCCCAAACACGCGGGACGCCCUUGUGGCACCCCAGCCUCACCACGGAGGGAGCUGAGGUUCACAGAGGAGAAGCCCCUCCUCACCCGGGACCCCUGGAGGAUUAGUGGAGAUCAGGAAUCACACCCAGUUCCAGAACCUUCCGCCACCCACACUGACACCCUCUCCCCUUCACUCACCGUCGCUCUCAGGCUGCUCACUCUUUUCCUCGUGGGCAGCCUGCGGUUCUCCCCGCAUCCCGCCCAGAUCAUGGCACCCGCGUCCCUCAUAAGAGUACGCACCCUGGUUCUGUGCUAACCCUCCCACGAACCCACGACGGACUGUGUCUGCUCCCGCGGACAGAUGGGGAAACUCAGAGAUCUGAAGCUGGGUGCCGAGGUCACCCAGAGGGAGCACAGGGCCAGGGAGGGACCCCGGGCCUGUGUGACCGCAAAGCCUGGGCUCGCAACCUCCGUUUCCCUGCUUAGGACCCCGGCACCGUCCCUGGGCCUCGUGGGCACUAAAGCAAGGACAGCUGGGGGAGACGUUUACUACCUGAGAGUAGCCGGUCAGGGCGAGGCACCACCUUGGCCAGGUCCCUCUGGGUGCUGUCCACGAUUGCCCAUCCUCUGAAGGACUGGGACAGUGGAAAGAGGGCGGCGAGGGUCCGGCAGCCUGGGUUCCCAUUCCUCCCCUGCUGUGUGGCCCUGGCCGAUUUACUUUCCUUCUCUGGGCCUCCAUCUUCCCAUCUGCCCAUGGAGAAGGUUCCCCAGCCUCCUGGGGGCGAGAGCUGCUCGGGUGACACGGCCAGAGUCCCAGGCUGAGGUGUGCCCACGCGUGCUCAGUGUUGAGAGGGCCUGGGGAUGGGUGGCGGCGGGGCCAUUCCCAGGCUGCAGGCUCCAACGGGAGCAGGUGUGCCUGCCUGAGCCCGUCCCAGGAUGCUCCAGGGCUAUAUCGCCCGGUGGCCAUUAGGCUCACGUGGCUGUUUAAGCUUAAUUUGAAAUGAAUUAAAAGGACGCAAGAUAAAACAUUUGGGUUUUCGGUCACACCGGCCACAUCUCAAACACUCAGUAGCCACGCGUGGCCACGGCUACUGUGUGCGCAGCCCAGGUAUAGAGCGUUUCCGUCAACGUGGAAACCUCCACUGGGCCGCGCUGCACCACGGCCGGGCCCCGGCCAGCAGCAGCUGAGCUGAGCUGCCUGGGGUGGGAGCCACGCG